GGUCGCGAGGGAUGGUUGGGGAGGAGGUUUGCAGCCGCGGUCUCGACACUGUGAGAGGUCGCCGGGAUGGACGAGGACGGGUUGCCGCUCGUAGGUUCGGGCAUCGACCUGACCAAGGUUCCAGCUAUCCAACAAAAGAGAACAGUGGCGUUUCUAAACCAAUUUGUGGUUCACACAGUUCAGUUCCUGAAUCGAUUUUCAACUAUUUGUGAAGAGAAAUUGUCAGCACUUUCCCUCCGUAUUCAGCAAAUUGAGACUUUGCUCAAUAUUCUGGAUGCAAAGUUAUCUUCUGUGCCUGGCCUAGAAGAUGAGAUCUCAAACACCAGUGUUAUGAAUGGCUCUGUCUCACAAACGUUGGUGGAUCCACAGACAACAAAUGUAUCACCUAACGUGGAGACCAGUGUACCUGAGUUGGGGCAACAGAGGACAGAUGGAACUGGUGAAAAUGUCAUCACUGUAGCAAAGGAUCCACGUUAUGCCAGAUACCUCAAAAUGGUUCAAGUGGGUGUUCCUGUUAUGGCAAUAAGAAACAAGAUGAUUUCUGAAGGAUUAAACCCGGAUCUUCUUGAAACGCCAGAUGCUCCAGUGCCUGCAUGGGGAGAUGAGACAAAUGCAGGAGAAAGUUCUGAUAGUGAAUCUUCAUUUAGCGACUAAUGAUGUUGUCCUUGGUGGGAAAAUGCUUCACUUUUCCUUAAAAGCACUGUCGAGUC